AUGAUGAGGAACAUUUUAUUAACGGGAUGGUUGGUGUGCCUAGUUGGUGCAAAUCUUGUCUCCUGUCAAGAUAUAAAUAAUGAUGAAACAAUAGAAGUAUCAAGAAUAAAAAGAGAAAAUGUCCCGGAAAACAGGGCAUUCAAUUCGUAUGGAAUAGUAUAUGACAAUACACCAUGGAGACCUGGUCGAGAGAUGGACUUUGUAGAUCGACCGAUGACAGAGGAAGAUGAGAGGAAGCUAAAGAAUUUAGCAACAAGGAUCAUGUCCAACGGAGUGGAAGUAUUAGUCAAAGACAAAAGUGCAGACUCAAAGCUGGAUCAGACGAAGUACAUGGAGAUGAAAACUAUUCAGCCUUCUAUCCCAAGCAAUAUGUUCAUAAGCAAUUACCCCAAAAUAGAUAAAAGAAUUGAUAAUCCCGAUGACAGUUUUGAUGUCAUUCAACCCUCUGAACAUAAUCAUGUACCUUGUACAAGCUCUUGCUCCUGUAGUCAUACGAAAACAGAAGGUUUGAAGACAAAAUACACAAAUCUACAUGAUCACUCCAUGUCAGCUACAAAGUAUGGUAUGAAAACAUCCAAAUUUGGAGCCACGAAGUUUGAUCUACGGCCUACUAAAGUGGAAUCUCUUGAUAAAAAAACUCAGUACGGUCCUUACGAGUAUGAAGCCCAGUUAGCUCCUACUGACAGAAUAGUUGAAAAGUAUACUGAAGUUAUCAACGACUAUUCCGAUGAAAAAGAUUCAAAUUCUGUCGAAGAAAGUGAACUGUUGACUAACGAGCAGGCUCCAAAUCCUCCAAAAAUAAACAAGGAAAAUAAUAAUAAAAAUCAAGAAAAGCCAAAACCGGUAAAGCUGCAGAAACCAAACAAAAAUAAGGUUUUGGUUGCUGAUCUUUUGAAACUAGGAAGUUUAGGUAUUAAAGGAUUAUCACAAUUAGCUCCUGUUUUUGAGAAAAUGACUGGCGGUUUUAUAAAAAGGCAAGAACCGAAUAGAACAACGACGACAACUACUACAGUAAAGCCAGUCGAAAAACUAACACCUUAUCAGGUCAACAAAAGAGUCGACAGCGAGAUGGAGCACAAGAAAGCGAAUUUCCCAAUCUACAUACCUGUGGACGAAUUAGAGACAUCGGAAUCGCAAAUUGUAUUUACAAACGCGACGUUGCAUCAGAACUUAGCGUGGGCAGCCGAACACAAGCAACCGAAAGCUCACAUCGUCCCACCUAAAGUAGUUCACGAGAGUCCGCUUGUAAAUGGGGGCAUACCUAUUAGCCCUGGUGAAAUAAUCACUGCGAAUUCCGAUGUUAUAGUCGGCAAGCCAGCUGUGGGCGGGCCAUUGACCUUGGCCGCCAGUGGAAUUAAGUUGCAUAACCCUGUCAAUCCACCGCCGCUAGAUAGUUUCGUUGCGGCCAACGAACAAUAUUUAGUUCAAGAGAAACCUGCCGUAUCUGAACAAACGUUAAUGGGAUCUAACACGGAUGAUUCUUAUGACCUGAGACCGCCUGAGCCACCUAAACCAAUGCCUAAGCCAACUAGACCAGUACCUCGACCUUCCUAUAGCCAUCCAAAUCCUCCCCCUCCACCGAAAAUGCAUCCACGUUUACCUCCAGUACAUUCUUCCGAUCACAUGAUGAAAACAGAGCAUAUAAAAACAAGUGCUAUAUUAGGAAAUCACGGCAGACCGGCAUUUUUAGAUUACAUUCCAUCAUUAGGCAAGCCUACUUCCCCACCUGUGAAACAACAGCAAUCAGAUUAUAAACCAGUCGUAGAAAACAAUGAUGAUGAUAUCCCAGAUAACAGUCCAAGUUCUUCAGAAAUAGUUAGCACUAAAGUAACAUCUGAUGGAGAAGUUGUAAAUAAACCAUUCUUAGUGGACAUCCAGCCCUCAAGAGUAGCAAAUGUUUUGAUACCACACGGCAGUGCUACUGCUUUAGUUUUCGCUGGAUCUUCGGAACCUCAUAAAACUGGUGACUACGUAGAUGAUCCUUUGCCUUAUCCUGAGCCUGGGUAUUUUGGAAGCUUCAGCAUAGAUGCGCCUCAAAUGACAAACGUGCACAAUGUCGCUCCAAGUCACAAGCCAUUUUCAAAUAAACAAAAUAAUCAACCAUCGAUUGCAAACUACAAGCAUAAUGUACCACCACAGUAUAAAGAACAACCAUUUAGAAAUGAUUUAAAGACAAAAUGGAAAGAAACCAAACGUCCAGUAGAUUAUAAUAAACUUCCACCGCCUACAAGCAAUCAAGAAACUCAUGUUCAAGUUGGUCCUCAAAUAACUGUGUAUAAUCCAGAAAUUUAUAAACCUAAUAAUGGUGAUUUUGAAAAGUAUAACAACCGAGGCAAUAAGUACAAAGACGGUAAAGAAGUGAUCGACAAGGAGUAUGAGAAUUACUUAGCUGUUCCACCGCCACCUCCUCCAAAGAUGCACUUUAAUCAUGAAAGUCACUAUGACAAGAACAAGCCGUACAAUCAAAGACCUAUCGUUCAUACUAAGCCUAUUCAAGAUAUGAAAGUAUUCUUAAAUAUUCAGCAUCCGGUGCCAAAUCCCAAUCCAGAACAAAUGCCACCAAAAGUAACUUCUGAAAUUUAUUUCGCGUCUCAAGCACCUAACAGUAAACCUACUCCGACUUAUACGAUUCACAUGUCUCCUUCGCCUCCUACGUACAGCAAUAAUUAUAACAAUGUCCCUAAUAAUCCAUCACAUAAUAUACAAAGUCCUGAAAUAGGACAAAGUAAUUCAUUUACUGUAGUGUCAUCGCCAAACUUUGCUAAUAAAUCUAUAUAUUCAAACGAUGUCAAUGAUAAGGACAAUACAUACACUGUGACCUUAAAUACAGCUACAAACGUAGCCAGUAACGUUGGAGAAACUGGACAAGUCAUUGGUUCUAGUGUACCUGUGGCAGUAGAUACAUCUUCAAAUGUUGGUCAACUUAAUACAGACAUUCCUAUUGGAACUAAUUUUGCUAUAAGAGUGGAAGAUGGUUCAUCAAUAGAAAAUUACAACAUUCAAAGUAAUAGAAACCCUCCAGUUACUUACGAUCAGCAAGGUCGAGUACCUAAUGUAGCUAUUGGAGAUAACAGAUGGAAUCAAAGUGUUUCUGAAAAUCAAGCAUCUCAAUCAGAAACUACAAUUAUUGGACAUGAUUAUUAUAAACAAAAUUAUAACAAGCACGAAUAUCAGAAUACUGUAAGUCCAUCUAUCGCACCGUCUAUAAACAGCCACGCUAAUUUCCCAAUGAUGAACAAAAACACAACACCUAGUCCUUACGAAAAUGUUAAACCCGUUACAGAAUAUGUUGAAGAAAAGAAUACAGAUCAAAAAAGACCGGCUAAACUGAUUCCUAACAUUCCUACAAAUUCGCAUGGAUGGUACUCGAGUGUAUUGAUGAAUGAAAAUGCGUUGAAUAACAUAAACAAGAUUGUAGUGGAACAACCGACAACUAGAAAGAUAAUUCCACUUUUGCAUGAUUACAAUAAGAACAGUGUUCCUGAUUUUGGACAAAAAAUAACAAGUGUUGGCAAACCGCCUUCAGAAUUUUGGUCUCAAAAGCAGAGUACGCAAUCUGAUCAAAAUAAGUUCAAGGUCGGCAGGCCUUUUACUAGACCGCAAGUUACAGAAAAACCUACAUCUAACGCUCCUUUGUUCAAUUCCAAACCUUACAACCCUGACUAUAUACCAUCUUACUUUGGUGGAAUGAAACAACCAGCGUAUGAUAUACCAAUUAGAGACAACAGCGAUGAAACUACUACAGCUAGACCCAAACCAGCCACAGAAAAAGUAAAACCAGUAUAUGAAAACUCAGAAGAAAUUUAUGAUGGCGAGGAAGAAAUUGAUAAUAAUGCUGAAAACGAUGGUGAAGUCAGUCAAGAAUCGAUGAAAGUACCAGUUAUAACUACAUCUAGUGAGGUACAUACUACUCCCAAUGUGACAAAACCUACAACUCAAGUUACACUUCUACAAGAAGAGGCGCUGCAAGUUUCUAAAAACACACAAAAAGAUAAAAACGUCCAUUUGGUUGAGUUCAACCCAGGAACUCAAACAGAGAAGCCAUUUACUUCCUAUAACAGGACAACAUUCCAGUCCAACGCUAUGAAGCCAAUUUAUAAUCAAUUGCAACCGAGACCGUUUACAGUUAGUACUGUGACUACCUUAGACCAUCAGUUACAGCAACCUCAUUGGCAAAUUAAUCAGCUAAUGGUCAACUCUACAAAUAAUAUGUCUUAUGAAGACGGUUUAGAUUUAAAUAUUGGAGAAGAAAUGAGUAGCCCCACUAGUCCUAAACCAACUACUCACAUUCCUCAAAGAAAUACUGAAAAUAAAUAUAGAAGACCGCCAAGACCUGUGUAUUACGCUCAAGACAAUGCUUCAAAUAUUAUUACAUCGACAAUUAAUAUUAAAGACAAGAAACCAUUAAUUGUAGAAAAGGUUCCUGAGAAAUCAACCUUAUCCCCAGUACCUCUGACUACUGUAGAAAUCAACAAAUCUUCAAGUGAAAUAUUGGAUCUGUCACCAUCACCACCUACUUUGGAAUAUAAUUUCAAUCCUUCACCCAAUGACGAGAUGAUCAUGGGUAUGAGUCCUCCUCCGCCAGUCACGCUUCCUCCGAGGAUGCCACAAAGGACUCACCCUACGCCGAAACCGUUCCCCAAUAGAACUCCACCUAGUUAUAGAACACCACCCAGAACGUUACCUCCAAGACAACCGACUACACAGAGACCUGUAAGAAGGCCUAUUAACAGAGAUGAAGUAUCUACAUAUAAACCACCUUAUGAUGUUUUGAAUAACAUAAAACGGCCUAUUUACAAUAGGGACCAACCAUCAUCGCAAUUACUGCCGCCUCCUAGAGAUAUUCCUUCAAGAAUUACUCCUAUAAACGAACUACCGUCGCCAACAAUAAACAUACCCGCAAUUCCAAAUGUUGUAUUCCCAACACCAAUUUCAUCGGGUUGGUUGACAUCAUCUGGUAUAGAAUUUUCAUCUAGUUUUGAAUUUGCUCCUACUGCUGUGCAGUUCCCAGAAAUAUCAGAACCUUCCAAACUUCCCGAACAUAAAGAUCAAAGUUCAACUGAAAACUCAUAUUCCUAUGAAGUUGCGUCAUCUUCAGAACGGUUUGAAGAAACCAGUUCAGAAAAACCUGCAACAGAAGAUAGGGUAUCAAUUUCGAAAGGAUCGAGUACUGAGUCAACUGCGCAGAGACCUACAUCCAAUGAAGAACAAAACGUAAGUGAUGCUAUCGCUAGUGAAACUAGCAAUGAAGAUACUACUACUGAUAAAAUGAAAGUUAUACCCAUUGGACAUAAGAAUAGGACCCGUAAACCAUAUCCGAUUAGACACGAUGAUAAGAAAUCUAAUACUAGUAAAUACAGACUGCCUUCUAAACCAACGUCAAUCAUUAAACCCACAAGGACAAUAACAAAGCCAGAUAUUCUCUUCCCAACUAGACAGACUUCUACAAGGAAAAUCAUAAGACCUUUACCGACUAGAAUACCGUCUGUUACACCAAGUAUUAUUGAGAGCUCUGAGUCAUCAAUAGAUGAUGAAUUCGUCAAACCAACUGAAGUUUUGAAGGACAGUUUGUCCACGGUGGCACAAUCGGAAAGUACAAGUUUAACAGAGAAGUCUUCAUCAAGUGUCUUUACUCCAACCUUAGAUGACGUCAAGACAAGCGUACAUCCAACACAUCACGCUGGUAAUGAGAUCAAGAUAUCAGACGAAGUGGUACCAACAAAGACAGAAUUUAGAACUACAGUAAUUACUUUGACAAAAACUUUGUCCGAGCCACCAAGAACAGUAUCAAGUAUUGGUUACCUAAACCUGACUCACACUUUGACAGUAACUCAUACUAAGACCAGUCUUAUUAGUCAGUCGGAAGGAGCUGUCACUCAAACAUUAAUCUUGACUAAUACUCGUACAUCAACAAUCGUUGAUGUAGUAACCGAAGUACAUACUCAAAUACAACCAACGACGAUAAUGGAGACAGUUACCAAGCAUAUUCCAGUACCAAAUGUUGAGCCAACACCUGUCGAAGAAGUAGUUUCAAAAACUAAGGCUCCACUUGAUGACGUUACUAUGUCUUCUGAGGAGAAUGAUAACCUAAUCAUCAAAAACAAAGAAGAUGAAACAACUGAAAAUAUUCAAAAGAUCGAAACUGAAAACGAAGGUGAUAAUGACACAUUCUUCGUAGUAAUGAAUAAAUCGCAGAACGGUGGUAAAGUGCCCCCUAUUGCAACAGAUAUUGAAACUGGCGACUAUGAUAUUACUAGAAAUGAACAAGUUAAUAGUAACGGUGUCUCACAGGUACUGUUUGGUGAAAUUCUGUUAGCUGGUACGCCAUAUUUGGAAACUACAAAUGUUGUUGGUCCUGCAUACAUGAAGGAAUGUCAACCAGACUGUAAGGCGUCAAGAAAUGAGCGAUGCCAGAGAAUAGAUGGAAUGAUGAAGUGUGUCUGUAGACCUGGUUUCGCUAGAAUGUUCCCUGAUAGACCUUGUAAACCUACGUACACCUAUUCCGUGAAAUUAGCGCUAGGAUCCCAAGGAAAUGAACGUCUUCAAUUCAAUGAGAGACUUUAUGACAACACCAGCAAGGAAUAUCACGCUUUGGCUGUAGCCACUCAUGAAGGUAUCAACAGAAUGGUGAUGCAAUCCGAUCUAAGAGAUGUAUAUCACGGUGUACAUAUAACUGGAUUCCAACCUGUGGAUAUGAAAUCAGAUGCUGGUGAAGAUUAUCAAGGUGUUAUGAAUGACUUCUACGUUCAGCUCUCAGACAACGCACAUGAGAGUCGAUUGAAGGAAGUCAUCGAGAAGUAUUUGAGGAACAAUAACUAUAGUCUUGGAGGCACCGACGUUCAUGCUGCUGGUGAACUGGUAGACAGGCUUGAUGUUAGCGAUUUUGACGAAUGCACUAGCGGCCAAUUCCACGACUGCUCAGAACAUGCUCAAUGUUUCAACUUGCGUGGUACCUACACUUGCAGUUGUCUUGAAGGCUUUGCUGACCUUAGCGUCAACCCUUUGUACCCUGGCAGGAUUUGUUCUGCGGAACCGGUGGGCUGUGAGCGUUGCAACUACCACGGCGCGUGCUACUCCAGGGAUGACCGUCGAGUGCUUUGCGAGUGCUUCCAGUGGUACGCUGGUAGCACCUGUCAUAUUAAUCUGAAGGUGGUCCUGAUAUCUCUAGUAGUGCUGGGUGCUCUACUGACGAUAGUGCUGACAGUGUGUGCGAUCGUGGCUUGUCGGCGCCCUAGGCCUCCGCCGCGGUCCAUCGUCACUUGCAUACAGGGGAUGCCCUCUUUACAUCAGGGAGCAAUGCCCAAGCAAAGAACUGACCGUCGAGCCCUAAUCAGCGACAGAACAGACUCUGGCGACGCUUCAAGCGUCCAGAAUGCUUCUCUACCCUACAUGCCGACCAAGCGCACGUCAGCAGGCAAGAAGUGUGUAAUGUCUGAGCCGCCGGCGCACGACCCACCGCCUGUGCCGGCGCCGGCCGUCAUGAUCCCGCGCGCACGGCUUCAUCCACACCAUUCUGACAGCCGAGAAAACAUAUCGAGAAAGAAGAGUUUGGAAUUGAGUAGUGAAGCAAAACUGAUCAGCUAUUUGGAGUCAGGAGCUGUUCAGCUAAGCAACAAUGAUGAGAUGAGGAGAAAGCAUAGUAUGGAGUCUUCAUACAGCGGUAAUAAGGACAGACAUAAUAAACAAGGAGCUCUAGUAUCAGCUGGUUUUAAAGUAUCAACAACCAUCAGACCGGAUGAAGCUACUAUGAAGGAAGAUCGUGACGAUGUGUCUUCCAUCAACAAGAACGAUUUAGAAGCUGAGCUAGCGCACUUUGACUCGCUUAGGAAAUCUUACAGUCAAGAAGAUUUGUCUGAGUGGACAGACGCAGAAAGGCGGAUUGGUGAAUUGACCUUAUCGGAAGCAAGGUCGGUUGGUGGGACCUUACCAGCUAGCACAGGGAGGGCUGCGUCAUCCACGCGAUUAACUCAUCAGGAGGCCAAUACGAUGGCUGAACGGGACCUGGGCUCCACAUUCUUGCUGCCGCACGUCCACCUCUAUAAACCGGACCUUACUAGCGAUGUAUCAGAGUUCGACUCCCUGUGAAGAUCAAGUCAUAUAUCAUGUAAUUUUAUCAAGUAUUACUCUGCUAAUAUUACACUGAAACUACUUUUAACUUCGAACCUAGUGGCAUCAAUCAUACCACCAAAGCGAAAUCUUUAAUUUAUUCUCUAUUUAUUUUUUAACAUAAGUUCAAUGCUUAUAAAAUUGGAUGAAUCUUAUUGUUUUCUGCAACAUAAAU